AGGUCAAUCAAAGCAGACAACUAUAAGUAGCAUGAGAAAUACCAACGUUGUCUACUCCCCACGACGACCACUUAGCCCCGUUUGUUGCUUUAGCUCUGUCUAGAAAGUCUCAUUGCAAUGUCUAUCCUUCGUACCGCUAGAAUACACUCGCUCGCUGUUACGAAGACGUGCAUGCCAACGAUGCAACGAUUUGCGUCCUCGAAAGCGAAAGACUCGCCCUUGCAGACGGAGAAUCAACCCAAGACGGGUGUUCAGCCACUCUACGGACCUCUUGGUGUGAACGCGGCUCUCAAGUGGUCUCCAACAGAUCCUCCACCGAGGCCCACCCUCUUCCCUCACGAAUUUUCCCUUUCCGAUCGCGUCGCACUAGUCUCAGGCGCAAACCGAGGUCUAGGUCUCGAAAUGGCUCUAGCCUUGAUCGAAGCAGGUGCACGAGCAGUCUAUUGUGUCGACCUACCCAAGACAGCCGGUGAAGAAUGGCAUAAGGUAAAGGAGUAUGCGAAGAACAUGAAGGGAAAGGGUGGAGAAGGACGAUUAGAGUAUCUUCAUGCGAACGUUACUGAUCAGGAGGCAAUGUGGAAGAUUGGCGAGACGGUUGGGAGUAGGGAAGGCAGGUUGGAUGUUGGUAUAGCGGCUGCAGGUGUCCUCAAGGAGCAUACCGAUUGUCUCGAGUAUCCGGCAAAGCAAUUCCGAGAAGUAAUAGACGUAAAUGUGAACGGCGUCUUGUUCACGGCACAAGCAGCAGGUCGGCAGAUGGCCAAGUUCGGGAACGGCGGAAGCCUGAUAUUGAUCGCCAGCAUGAGUGGGAGCAUCACGAACAAGGACCACGCUUGGGUGAGUUACAACAGUUCCAAGUCUGCGGUUUUGCAGAUGGCGCGAAGUAUGGCAUGUGAGCUAGGGCCGAAGAGAAUCCGAGUGAAUACGCUUAGUCCAGGUCAUAUAUACACGACCAUGACCGCAGCGUACCUUGAUAAACAACCACACCUGCUAGCCAAAUGGGCCAGUCUUAAUCCUAUGGGCCGGAUCGGACGACCAGACGAGCUGCGAGGAGUGGUCACUUGGCUUGCAAGUGACGCUAGUACGUUCUGUACUGGAAGCGAUAUUCUUGUCGAUGGUGGACAUCAUGCGUGGUAACGGCGUGUUUUUGGGGACACGCUGGAACGCUUAGUAGCGGGUCGCACUAGAUUACGAUGCAGGAAUUUGUAUAACACGCUGAGAAAUGUGCUAUUAGCGUAUUACCGUGGACAUUGUCAGCUGGAACUCCAAUGCGCUCUCCUCAUUGCUGCUGGCGGCGAGGGAUACGGAAUACACACGCCCGGUGGAG